AAGAAUUUCUUUAAGAAAAAUUAUGAAAAAAUGAAAAAGUUACGCAAAAAGAAAAAUAAUGAUGUUGACUCCGUAGUGACUGGAUCUCAGACAACAACAAUUGUUAUGACAUCGACACAACAGCAGCAGCGACAGUCACAUCCCCAGCUACAACAAAUGGUGAACCAUCAAAUGUUAGAAUCGCAAUGUUCCACAAAUAGUACAACUUCCAUACAAACCGUUCUACAGCAAUCUGUCAUUUACAAUAACAACAGUAGUGGCAGUGGCUGUGGCGGUGGAGGUAGUGCAUCAGCAACAACAACACCAAAACAUAACGGCAACACUAUCUCUAUGCUCCAACAACAGUCCAUCAUCAGUACCAACUCCAAUUCGUCGAUUAAUUCACAGACUAUUUCUUAUGCCACCGAGGCGCUGCCGGGCAUUUUACGUCACGUUUCAGGCAGUGUAAAUUCACUGCUGGAACACAUAGCCCCGGCGACAAUGAGCAGUGAGGGUGUCUUGAAUAUUGGCGAUGUAGCGGAUCUAUUACAUCCCCAGCAUGCCAUUAUAACAGGUGGUCGUUCCCAGGAAGGUUGUCCCCUCAUCAUAUUUCCCGAUAAUAAUAAUUUCAAUACACUGGAAGAGGUUGAUUAUCAAAAAUUAAUAUUAUAUCUGACUUCAGUGCCAUCAUUACAAGAUGCCGAUUUGGGUUUUCAUUUAAUUAUCGAUAGGCGAAAAGAUAAAUGGAAUUCCGUUAAGACAGUUCUGCAAAGGAUAUCGAUCUACUUUCCCGGCAUUAUACAUGUUGUCUAUGUGUUACGGCCAUCGGGUCUCUUUCAAAAGGCCAUCUCUGAAGUCAGUACAAAAUUUUCCAAAGAUGAAUAUCGUUUUCGUUUGGUUAUCUGUUCGGCACUGAGUGAUCUACAUGAAUAUAUUGAACAGAGUCAACUGACAGCAGAUAUGGGUGGAUCUCUGAUAUAUUCACAUCAUGAGUGGAUACAACAAAGAAUAUCCCUUGAAAAAUUCUCCAGUUUAACGCAUCAAGUCUCGGCGGAAUUGGACAUUUUCAUACAGGCCAUACACGAUACAGAAUUUCCGAAUUCUGUUGAAGCCACCCAAAAGCUGUUAGAUGAUCAGGGAGCGGAUUAUCAAAGAUUAAAGGAUGAAAUCCUAGCGGCCGCCAAACAUGGUGAAACUUUGCUCAAUAACAUUAAAUCGAAUGAAGAAAUCAAGGAAUUCUCAGAACGUACCGGCAAUGUUAGCUCCAUAGAACGACUUCUGGUGCAGCUGGAAGAGACGGAGCGACGUUUCGAUGAAUUCUGGCGCACCCACAGUAACCGAUUGCAGCAGUGUUUGGAGCUGAGGAAAUUUGAACAGAGUUUUCGUGAAUUACAGAUCUGCUUUGAUACCCACAUGAACAAGAUAUCGGAAAUGACGGAAAUUGGCGAAAGUGUUGAGCGUGUCGACAGUCUUAUCGAUGAAACUAAAGAAUUCCAAAAUCAGUGUUCCGCUGACAUUGAAAAAGCCUCCGAAGUAAUUGCUGCUGGUCAACAACUAAUUGGGUCACGUGGUGUUUACCCCUGGGAAAUUGUCCAGCCCAAAUGUGAUGAACUGCAAAGAAUGUGUGAUAUUAUCACGGAAAAAUUACAAAAGCGUUUGGAGAUUUUAAAUAAAAAUCGUGAAUUAAUGGAGAGAGUUGAAAAGGCUAAUGAAUGGUGUGCUAACGGCGUUGAGCUACUCACCAACCAGCGCAUUGAAAAAUGUUCAACAUCCCCGGAAUUGGCUGAACAAAGUCUCCACGAGAUACAGGCAUUCAUUGCCUCCGCAUCGGAAUUCAAAUUAUCUAGUCCUAGUGAAUUUAAAAAGAUCUUCUUAGAAAGUACUACACCAGAAACCAAAGCUUUAGUAUCCCAGGUUCUCCAAAGAAUUGACGAUGUCUCAUUGAUGUGUGAUAAACGUAUUGCCAGUCUAAAGAAAUUGGCAUUGAAACCACCGCGUCCGGUACAGACUGUUACACCAGAACCGGCUGUGCCGCUACAGCCCCCGGGUGGGGCUCCACAUCUAUUAAGGCGUAAACAUAAGGUACGU